CUUGAGAUCUUUGAGUUUGUAGACUAGAUGAACAUUCUACCCACAAUGGCAUACUGCUCGACUUGGGCAACAUAUUAAAUUUAUUUUACUGUCCUCAAUCCUCAGAUAUUUCCUUUGGUUACUAACUACAAAAACCUAUUACUGAAAGCCAUGGCGUUAACAAAGUUUGUCUUGUAAAACAUUUGUAUGUAGGAAUAAUGUUUCUAUAUACAUAUAAAAACAUUAUUCAGAUUUUUUUAUUAGUAUUCUUAUGUAUUAGUAAGUGUAGUUUGUAUCAAGUGUGUACUCACUUGAAUAAACUUCUACACAACUGGGUAUUUUAUUUGGCACCAUAAACGGUCUUUUUUAGGUCAGUAGUGUCCUAUCGAGUUAUUCAGGGAUCCUAGACUCAUGCCGUUGCACUGUGUUAUUUAUAGCGAACCACGCGGUGGCUGCCGUUGGACAGUCAAAUACUCGAGCCAGUAAAUACUUGGAUAAACAUACGUCCAGAAAGAGAAGCGUAUGUAAACAGUGUGAUCAGCUGCUCCGAAUGGAUACAAAAGUGGACCUAGUCGGGUUUAAUAGUCCUCCCUCGUGCUGCUCUCAUUGGCUCCACAGUUUGUCCCGCCUACCGUACGUUGUUAUUGGCUGUCCAUUUCGACGGCCUGCCUCCUUGGUGUUAUAAUUGGCUUUCUAUCUCGUUGUCCCGCCUAUUUGUGAGUCAUUAGCUGCCCACGUUGCCACAACCCAGAGCACAUGCCUCGCCUAUGUACUGUAAUGAGGCGAUGCCUGUCACCAGCCCCAGUACAGUACAAACCGGUCGUAGUGGCACAUCGUAGUGAAAAAGCAUGUUUCAGAAACGGAGCAAGAGCAUUUUACUAAUUAAAACUUUUGACUUGACCGAGGAGUAGUUAUGGGUUCUUUAUCUGAGUUCCUUUAGCCUGACUGGAGAGGUAACAAACUUGGCGUCUACUUCAGCUGGCAUUCUUUUUUUUUUUUUUUUCUCCUACGGAAUUCCACUGUUAUUGUUUAGGGAAGUGUUUUGAAGCGUGUCUUUUUGUCAUGGCGGAGCACAUCCGUGUAGGAGCGCAGUAAAAGUUUUCCCUCUUCUGGAGAGCACCUGAUCCGACCGCUUCCUCCUGCCUGGGCUCCACGAACUCACCGACAUGACUCUCGGCGCGUUGUCUGGCUCUGGCAGCUCGUCGGCGGUCAGCUUCUGCUCGUGUUGCGGGGUCAAAAUGCAGCCUUACUUCACCGGCGAAGCUGUGGUGUCAAAUAAUGAAAUCAACCAACUUAUCAGCGAAAGCUUCCUCACAGUAAAAGGUGCUGCCCUUUUUCUUCCAAGAGGAAAUAGUCCUCCACCAGACUCAGCACCUCAUAUCAGCCAGCGCUGGAACAAACACACAGGGGAUCUCCAGAAACAUCUUCAGACUAUGUUCACUGUGCUGCGGCCAGAGGACACAAUCAGACUAGCUGUGCGUCUGGAGAGUUCUUACCCUCAGGUAACCCGUUACAUGGUGGUGGUAUCCACCAAUGGUAGGCAAGACACAGAGGAAAGCAUUGUUCUUGGCAUGGACUUCUUUUCCUCUGACAGCUGCUGUACAGUGGGUCUCGUUCUACCUCUGUGGAGUGACACACUGAUCCACUUGGAUGGAGAUGGAGGUUUUAGCGUGUCAACUGUCAAUCGAGUUCAUGUAUUCAAGCCAGUCUCAGUUCAAGCAAUGUGGUCAGCUCUUCAGUCGCUCCACAAAGCUUGCGAUGUUGCCCGCUGCCACAAUUACUACCCAGGUAGCCUGUUCCUAACAUGGGUCAGCUAUUAUCAGAGCAGGAUCUCCUCCAACCAGUUCUGCAUCAAUGAGUGGAACGCCAUGCAGGAUGUUGAGUCACACCGUGCCAAUUCACCUGUUCUCUUCACAGACUUGCCUACUGAGAGGGAGCGCACGGAGAGACUGAUCAAAAUGCGUCUCAGGGAGAUAAUGAUGCAAAAGGACUUAGAGAAUGUUACCUGUAAAGAGAUCCGCACAGAGCUGGAAAUGCAUAUGGUGUGCAACCUGAGGGAGUUUAAGGAGUUCAUAGACAAUGAGAUGAUUGUCAUCCUUGGUCAAAUGGAUAGCCCUACAGAGAUCUUUGAACACGUUUACCUGGGCUCCGAGUGGAACGCUUCCAACUUGGAGGAGCUGCAAAACAGUGGCGUUCGUUACAUCCUAAAUGUUACAAGAGAAAUAGACAACUUCUUUCCGGGAAUGUUUGAGUACCACAACAUCAGGGUGUAUGAUGAGGAGGCCACCAACCUUCUCGAAUACUGGAAUGAAACCUACAAGUUCAUCACAAAAGCCAAGAAAGCUGGUGCCAAGUGUCUGGUUCACUGUAAGAUGGGCGUGAGUCGCUCGGCCUCUACAGUGAUCGCCUACGCAAUGAAAGAAUACGGCUGGACGCUGGACGCCGCCUUUGAACACGUCAAGGAAAGACGAGCUGUUACCAAACCGAAUCCUUCAUUCAUGAAGCAGCUGGAGGAAUAUCAGGGAAUUCUGCUCGCCAGCAAACAACGGCAUAAUAAACUGUGGCGCUCCCACUCAGACAGUGACCUAACAGAUCGUCCAGAACAAUUGUGUAAAUCCUCAACGCACUCCCUUGGACGCUCAGACUCCCGGAGCAACAACAAUUCUUCCCCCGCCUUGCAUCACUUCCUGGGAGUUGCGGUGCUCCAAGCUCUAGUUUCUGAACCUGAUGAAACUACCAAAUUGAACUCUGACCUUCCCACACAUUUCAAUGAUGCAGGUGACUCACUGGUUAACGAGUCGGACAAAACAGAUCAUAAUGGUACGCCCACACCUUCCUUGCCUCAACUGCACACAGCCGUGCUUGUCCUGGAAGAAAACAUGGGCAGCACUACGAAUGGGGUCAUCACAGCGACUACCACGACUUCCCAUCCUUCUCCCUUGCUCCACAUUCUCCCUCCAACUCCUGAAGUUCGGAAUGGUCGCCAAGUUGAGACACCAUCAGAAAGCCUAGAAAAGGAACCACUGGAACUGUUUAUUCAUUUUCCUGAGCAAAGCAGCUCCGAGGACCUUUCUCUCAUCACGGCCAUGUCCUCAGACACUUCUGAGCAGUCGCCAUCAGAUUCUCAAAGUGAAAAACCCAGCCCGCCCAGUCUGAUCGGCGACACCGCUCUCCAAUUGCUGCUUUCCCCAACAGAACACAGUGAUGACAACAACAACCCAAAACAGAUUCAAGCCAAAGAAACAUCAGACGGCCGUGGAGAGGCCGACGGCUCGUCAAACCACAGCUCGGACAGCAUUGACUUCUUCAGCGCCAGGGAAAAGUUUCUGGGCUUAGCUCAAGAGGACAAGACGCCGAAACUAUCAGAGCAAAGAACCCCCUCUCUGGAUGGUGACAACAACAUAGGAACUGAGGAAGAUGAGGAGAGUGAACAAGUGACAUCUCAGUCGGUGGACAGCGAUGACAAGCUCAGCCCCGACAUUCUGCAUCAGCCUCCCCACGACAACGGAAUAUCUGUUCGCCAUAUUGUCACUGAGAUCGAAGCCAUUUGCCAGCCAACCACUCCCUUAAGUCCUUUAACUCCUUUGUGUCCGCCCUUGCACUCGGACCCGCAGGAGGACAUGCAACCAGAAGUCUCGCCACGCCCUUUAACCCCUCCCUUGACAACACGAGACCUGCCGGCAGGUUCCGUGCGACGGGCCACUGAGCAGCUGGAGCUGAAGCUGAGGCAGGAAACAGAGAUGGCGACAGCGCGGCGCUCCCCGUGUGGUGAACACCCACCUGUCCGAAUGUCUGAACAGCCAGCCCACGCAAAGGGCGAGACAGCCGUUGACGACGAGGACGUGAGACUGAAUAGCUUAGGAACACAAAGCCACAUGUUUGGUGCUCUCCAUGAGCCUCAAAGCCAUAUUAUCUGUGAUACUCACACAGACUCAUCUCUAAAAACCUUAAGCCCAUCCCAAAGAGACAGCACGUUCCAAAUAAUUCUGGAUGGGGUCACAAUUCAGGAGUCAGAUCCUGAUGAGAACUCGGAGUUCCCGGGCGAACAAAAGGGUUGCGGUCCUGAGUGCGACGCCCGAAAGCGCCUGGCGCGAAGCGGCCAGGAGCUGGAGCGGAUUCAGCAAACGUUGAGAGAACUGCAGGCGUUCCUCCUCGAAGGUAGCAGCGUGGAGGCAUUGGACACAAGCGCGCCUAGUGUCGUCACCAAAGAGGAAUCCCCUCCGUGCCCGGAUGCGACAUGGCGGCUUCGACGAAGCGAAAAGAGUUUCUUGCAGGCGGCCGGGUGGCGGCGGGCCGUCGAGCUAGAGGCUCGCAUCCGCCAGGCUGGCCUCACGCCCCCUUCUCUCAUGAAGAGGUCUGCCUCCUUGGCUAAACUGGACUGCCUGGAAUUAUCAGCGAAUGACCUCAGCGACCUUGACCUGAGGCAAGAACCCUUGGCGACGACGGCGGAGGCGCGCUCCCACGACACGUUCACAGCAUCUCCGUCACAUUUGGACGACACUUGGAAGAAGCAGAAAGUUCUUACUCGGAACGGCAGGCCCGAAAAGACACGUUUAUCAAGUGACGAUUUCUCUCCGUCCCCCGAGAGGAGCAAGAGGGAGGACCCGGAUGGCGGCGGGUGUGGCUCGCUCGGAACGUCGCCACGGCAACAGAGGAGGGCUCACUCUUCCAGACGUUCUCGCAAAGCCAACGAGAGGAAGCAGCGCACUGCCGCCGUGCUGCUGUACAACACCAUGUGACCUCACUGUAUCGCCCACAAGUGAACUGACUGUGCACCAAGUGUGCCAAUAGAAUGUGUAGCAGGUGUGUUUGCAAUGUCAAGUGCGUGUGUGCAUGUCAAUUUACGAGGGGGUCGUCAGGGACAUGAAACUAAGGAAAGCCAUUUGAGUAUUUAGUCCAUCUAUGACAUCCAGAUUAAGUUAUCCAGUACCAUUGGCGGUGAUGGACGUCUAAUCCAUUUGAACCGGGAAGGCUUGCAGCAAAUGAAGUCUUUCAUUCGCUGCCAGGCCUAUAUUUUAUAUUCACAGAAGAAUGAAAAAAGUGACAUUACUGGACAUCUAUUAUCGUCAAUGGCACAUGAACCUUUAGCUAUCUUGGUUCGAGAAAAUGCUUAAAUGUUUUUUUUUGUGUCAGAAUUGCUUCUCACACAACUGAAAUGCUCUCACACGACACUGAAAUGCUCAUAUCGUAAAGUCCUUAUUCUUGUACUGGCAGUGAGACCGUUUCAAUUGACUGUGUGGGAGGUGAUUUUGAAUUGUGUUCUAAGCAGCCUCACGUCAACCACUGGAUGUGUUUGAACUGGACUGACCUUUCAUGCACGCAAUGAACCAUGCACUCUGUAUACAGUUUUUUUUUUUUUUUUUUUUUAUAAUAUGUUCAGUGUCUGUUCGUGAUGUUCACUUUAAAGUGUAUAAAACAAGAGGGCUUCUUCUCAAUACAUGCACUUUACUGUUUGAAUCAUUUGCGUUUUAUUAAUCUACAGGAAUGUUUUGCACUAUGUCAAUGGAGGCUUGACGGUCUCAUUUUUUUGUUUUUGUUUUUCCACAAAUGGACAAAUGUCUUUUAAUUCUUAUUUUAAUUAAACCAGGGUAAAGCGCG